AUGCUUCUCUUCGAGGGGUUCUAUACAAGCUUAUACAAUCACAACCAAUCGUUAGCGAGCUACAUUGGGGCGUUCACUAAAAUCAUAAUCGAAUCGAAUGAUGGCUCCAGCGUCAGGUUGGCUGUGUCGGCUGUUAUCCGUGGAUUCUAUUCCUUCAUUUUACGAAGCCGUGAAAUGGGGGCUCUCGCUGAAACGGACUUUACGACGGCUGUUUCGCUGGCACGAGUGGCCUUGGACGACCCAGAAGAGAGCAAGUCGGAUGUCACACUUUUGACUAUUCUCCUACUGUCUAUGUUUGAAGCGGCAGCAGUGAUGGGUGCAGAUGUAUCCAUACUGACAGAGCUCCUCGAGGCAUCAUUGUUUCUCCCUCCACCCUCCAGCCAUUAUUUUUCUAGUUUCCCCAUUACCUUCGUGGUUCCGAUUGCUCAACUACGGCUACGGGUUGAAAAGACUAAUAUUUACUCCAAGUUCGACGUUAGCACGGCAGAGGACUUAUUGUCAUCUGCGACACAGCUCGACAAGGACCUCUCACAAUGGCCAGACAAAAUCACCCCCAGCUACCACCCUCGGAGGUCGUGGUCACUUCCAUCUGACUUCGGGAUUGGUUCAUCUGAGGGCUAUCCUGGCUGGGCAGACACAUAUCCAUCACUGGCUUUGGCGCAGGAUUGGAAUUACUACCGUUAUCUUCGGAUUGUGCUUAAUAUCUUCAUAUCGAGAUGUGCGGCAUUAUUGCGCAAGUACAGUCUUGCAGCAUCUGCUGACCAGGUUUGUGAGCAGAUGGUCGAUGAUACUAUGCAUUUGCCGCAAUAG